AACGAUUAUGGUUAAAAUAAAUUACACUGCUGCCAUUCUUGGGGCAUUGAAGAAGGAGGAAAUACUUAAGAUUGGCUUAAAAGAAGCUGAUCAAGACAUCUUCGAGCGUAUUAUUGAGAAUAUAAAUACUCAAUUAUCAGCAACUGCAGCGUUAAUAGCAGAAAAAAAACAGCCGACGGCCAGUUGUUACUACCGGCGACGCGAAAAAAACCGCCAGCGGCAAGAAGAAAACCUUCGGCGGCAGGAAGAAAACCGCCGUCGGCAGGAAGAAAGCCUCCGGCGGCAGAAUGAAAACCGCCGUCGACAGGAAGAAAACCGUCGUCGGCAGAAAGAAAACAAUGAAAAAAAACCGAAAGAAUCAAUACUAGAAAUCAUACAAGAAGCCAAAAGUAUUUCAUUAACAACAGACAUGUGGGCUUCUAGUGCUAAUAAAAGCUAUUUGGCUGUGACAGCACAUUUCAUAUCACAAAAUUGGGAAUUUAAUUCCUGUUUGCUUAGCUGCGUGGAAUGUGGGUUCAAGCUUACCUCAGAAAAUUUAGCAGCAGAAAUCAAGCGAAUAAUAGAUGAAUGGCGUUUGACCGAUCAAAUAUUUGCUGUAGCAACAGACAAUGCAGCAAAUAUUAUGCGCGCUGUUACUUGA